GUUGGCGCAGGUUUCAUCUUCGUUUCCAUGGGUUCGUCGGUUCGCGCUUCGGGCAUGCCCGAGGCGCUUCGUCAAAUCUUCGUGGCAGCCUUUGCCACGCUUCCGUGCAACGUUAUAUGGAAAUGGGAAGGUAUGAAGAUCAAAGAUCUGCCAUCGAACGUCAGAACGGCGGCAUGGUGGCCGCAGCAAGAGCUAUUAGGCCAUUCGAAGCUUCGAGCGUUUGUCUCUCACGGUGGACUUCUAUCUCUGCACGAGGCCGCUUAUCACGCUGCUCCCACCCUCGUUUUGCCCGUUUUCUGUGAUCACGAUGGAAACGCGGCACAAGCUGAAAAAUUGGGUUACGCUUUGGUGAUGGAUUUGGCCGGAAUAUCCAUCGGGAGUCUUCGCGAUGGGAUUCUCAAAGUGGCUGCAAUUCACAACAAUUCGUAUCGAAUAGCGGCGAAAAAGAGGAGCACGUUGCUACGAGAUUUACCGAUUAAUCCUAGAAAAUUGGCCACUUGGUGGGUGGAACAUGUUGCCAAGUAUAAAGGAGAACAUUUAAAAAGUUCUACGAGGUAGUUUUUUAGGUAGAGAUUUCUCUAAAAAAAAGCUCAUGCAAUAAUUAAUAAGGAAUAUACUGUUUCAGGUAUAUGAGCGUUAUUCACUAUUAUUCCAUCGAUGUGGUAAUAUUUUACGUGAUAACAUUAACGCUAUUGAUGUACGGA